UAUUGGCGGUGUAAUCAAGCAAACCAAUUUCCAAAAAAUGAACCGACACAGAUUUUUAUAACUAUUUACGAUUGUGUGACAAUUUAUUCUUUAGUAAAACGCAUAUUUAUUGGGAAAAAACUUUUAUGCUAAUUUUGUUCGAGUUCAUAUUUUAAAAAACAUUGUUAAUGUUGAAUUAUCACGUAACACUGGAUUCGGACGGUUUCGGACAGUAUUUCACUACAAUAAACCUCCAUGAUGGCAUUUAGAGAUGACAAUACCACUUUAAUACGAAUGAAGCGAGACUUUGACGCGUUUAUAAGUAGUCACAAUGACAGUCGGGGUGUGAAGCAGUUUAAGCUGGAUGACAUUGGAAAUGACAGUCUCAACGACCGAUCUGCUGAGACAACAGAGGCAGUUUCUGUGCAAGCUCUUUUGGACAAAGAGAGACAAUAUAAGACAAAGGAAGCUGAGUAUAUUCAUGGGAAAAGUGAACUCAUCCGGCUUAAGACAAAACUAUCCAACCUGGAAAGAGAAAAUAAGCAGGCAAGGAUUGAUCUUGAACAGCAGCUGGAGAAGGCAUUAACAGAAAAGACGCAUGAAAGCAACAGAGUCAGCGUUAUCAGUUCCCAGUUGAAGAGACUGGAGGAGAAGGAGAGUGCGGGGCGCGAGUUGUUGGCAGAAUGCAGGCGGGACCUGGACAGGCAGAGAGCCAAGUUUGAUGCACAGAUACUGGCACUACAGAAAGAAAAGAUCCAGCUCUCAGAUGAACUGCAACAGGAGAAGGACGCGUGCUGGGAGAAGAUCACGGAGCUGAAGAGUGAGGUGAUGAGGAGGGAGAGUGAGCUGAACAUCUGUCAGUGUACCCUGGAGGAGACCAAGGCUCAACUCAAACUGCAGAGCAAGAGAUCUGCCGACAUAACCAGCCAAAUGCAUGAAUGCGGAGAGCUGAAGUUGAAGAUCACUCAGUAUGAACAGAAGGUCAAGGAGCUGGAGCUGCAGCUCUCCCGCUUGGAGGAGGACAGUGUGGUGGGGAAGGCAAUGAAGUCACAGCUUGCCACUUUCCAGCACAUGGAGAGACAGAACAGAAAACUACUAGACGAGAACACCUACCUCAAGGGUAUUCAAGAAAACAAUCUGCUUCUAAAAGAACAACACGAGUCAAUGAAGGCACAGGUAGAACGUCUUGAAGCAAAACUGAGUAACUUUCAUGCGACUAUGGCAGAAAAUGAGGAAUUGAAACAAAACCUUGACAAGUGGGAAAACCUCGACACAUCAGGGCACAAGCUUAAGUCACCAACAGAUUUGAGCAAGCGUGUUGCAGAACUGCAGAAUGCAGAAGCCAUCAUGCUGUGCCAUCAAGGAGAACUGCAAACAAACCUGAACAUGAAGGAUGUGGCCGUGCGCUCUCUUCAGGACCAGCUCUCACAUCAGCAGACGUUGCUCAACAACGAGAAGGCCAAACAAAACCACCAGGCCGAUCUCAUCAAGAGACUGCAAAGGAAACUGCUUCUCGUAACCAAGGAGCGGGAUGGCUUUAAGAGAAUCAUCGACUCAUACGAGAGUGAAGUGACGGUGUCCAUGAGUCCAAGCUCCACGAGUGCCAUGAACCGCGUCCAGUUGCUGGAGGAGACCGUGCAGGGAUACAAGAAGCAGACGGAGACCCUGGAGAGGGAGUGUGCCGAGCUGGGAACCAGACUGGAGCAGGCAGAGAAACAAUGCAAGCAGCUGGAACUAAGCCUGUCAGAGAAGCAGAUGAAAGUAGCGGUCAGUUCGUCAGGGUUGUCGUCUGAGUCUGACAAGCAGACGAUACUCAACCUGCGAGAGAGGAUUGUCCACCUGGAGAAGUUACUGGAGCAGUCUGAGCAGGACAAGAACAACCUGGAGUGUCGCAUUGAGCAGCGCCAUCUACAGGGUGACUAUGACCCUACCAAGUUAAAGGUCCUUCACUUAAAAAUGAACCCAGUCGACGUAGAGCUGGGUCGUAAGAGAGAGGAGUUGACAAAACUGCAGGAAGAGAAUGCUCGCCUGCGACAGAGGAUCAAACUUCUGGAGGAGAAUGAAGGGAAGAUUGAGGACCUGACUGUCGCAGUUGAAGCCAAAUUGAAGGAGCCCGGCUCUAGUAAGGAUAUUGAGGAAAUGAGAUCCCAACUGAGCUUGGCAGAGAUGAAGAAUAAAAGACUGAUGGAGGCAUUUAAGGUGAAGUCGCAGGAGGUUCGAGAGGUGUGCUACCAGCUGACCGGCUACAAGAUUGACAUCCCCAUCUCCAACCAGUACCGACUCACCAGCAUGUAUGCAGAGUCCCCCAGCGACUUCCUGCUAUUCCAGAAGAACUCUCAGGGCAAUGUGGAGGUGCUGGGUACAAGUUUCUCGUCGACGGUGCAAGACCUGAUAGAGACGUACCUGAUCCAGGGGGACAGCAUCCCUGCCUUCCUGAGCAGUGUCACUCUAGAACUCUUCUCCAGACAGACCAUGAACUUUGGUUGAUACUGCUGGGGUAGGCAUAGGGGCCUCACUCUGGGUAAACAGGGUUUACUGCAUGUACGUAAACGUUCCUACCAGAUUAGUCUGUGCAGUUCGCAUGGAUUAUUGUUAUUUGGGAUAUUUAAAGUCUGGCAGGCAUUGGAAACGAAAUAUUGCAUACUUGUACAUGUAGAUGGACAAAUGUACUUGUUUAAAGUAUCAGGCCUAUUCCCUUUAAAUUUAGUUAAAGAUGCAUGUGGUACUUCAAGCAUGUCAAUGUACAUAACAUAAACACAUUAAGCAUGGAACUGUAUUUCAGACAAGAAACAGUGCAGUACAACUCUGUAUUGUUGAAUUCUAUGUAUACCAUCUAUCUGUUUGUUUAAAAGUUGUAUGUUCAAAAGGGGAUAACAUUAACUUGUGUCAUAUGUUUUUGUUUUGUAUAAAGAUGUAUAUAUGAGGCUUUGAAAAUAAAUAUGGAAACUUAAAGAUAA